AUGCCUCAGCCCAGUUCGACAAAUCCGUCUAAUCAAGAACCACCUCGGGAUUCAGGCGUAGACAUGUCACCUCAACUCCCAGUCAGUGCGUCGUGCCUGGCACAUCCAGUUUCACAUCACCGCCAAGCACAAAGCAGUCAGAUAUCUCCGCGACACAUAGUAUCCGCCUGUGCAGCAGCCGUGUACUCCCAGGCAGACAAGGCAAACACAUCAUCACCGCCCAACGGCGUACAUCUCGGCCUCCAGGUUGCUCAGCCUCAUUCGCAGCCUGCAAGCCCACGUUCACUCAGCCUGAAUGGCCAGGGAGCCAGCAGACCACCACCGAGUUCUCGGGGACAGCAAGCAUCAUGCCAGCAGCAACGCGGUGUGGAUGCCAACGAAGCUGUGAAGAUGAAGGAGGCAGAAAGGGUCUUGGGGCCGCCCAAAGGAAGAAAGACACCAGUGCUCACAAAGGCCCCCAAGAUACAGUGGGAUCUCACAAAGUCGCCUUCUCCCAUGCCGAGCUUCAGCACCUUGAAUGGCGAGGUCGGCGCGGCAGAAGUAGAAGGAGAGCCAGAGCCAGAGCCCCAUGGCAAUAAGAUGAUGAAGAACAUGGUCCCCAGGGCUGGCACACCGAUCCCUGCACUUCCACCUGCUUUCGACGCCACACAGCAGCAGUCGAAACCAAGCGUGCCCUCACCACUCUCCCAACAACACCAAGCCUACACGCCUCCCCGCGCGCCCUCCCCAACCCCCAACAUCCCCUCGCUCCUGCGCGUCCUCGACGCAAACAUCCAGCCGCAGCCGCACCGCCUCAGCCCCCUCACAGAGCGCGACGACGAAAUCUCAGACCUGACCCGCCACUCCAGCACCACAGCUGCUUUUUUCUCGCCAUCUGCGUCCCCGGAACCAAGUAGCUCGCUGCGGUACCAGGCGUACGUUGAAGAGGGCGAUGAAAAUGAUAUUGAAUACGAGGACGGGGAUGAGAAUAAUGAGGGCGGCCCUCGUGUCCGCCCGCUACGGCCUGCGCGCUACCUCGUACAUCGCGAGGUAGCCAGCGGACCGACUCGAGAAACGGAUCCGAGGCUCUUCCGCUCGCAGGAGACGCUUAGUGUCAGGAUGGCGACGGUGCUGCCUGUGCAGCGGGUUACGCGCAGUGAGAUUGUGGGGCCGAGGGUGAGUAGUAGUGCUGGUCAUGUUAGUAGUAGUGGUAGUGGUAGUCAAGGUGGUAGCAACGACAAUGAUGAUGACGAUGACGAUGACGAUCAAAGUGUAGAUGUGAGAGAGGGACAGGUGCGGUGUAGACAGAUUGUGGAGGUUGUGGAGGGGGAAGAGAACGAGAAGGCGGGGAGGAAGAGGAGGUUCAAGGCGAGGGUGAAGAGGGCGUGGGCAAGGAUUAAGCGCGUUUUGUGUAGGAGGGAGAGGCAUGCGUGA